AUGGCACCGACCGCAAGCUCCACCGAGACGGCGGAAUUGAAACAGCAAGAAGUGUCGCGUCGCGUCGCACCCAUGAACGACACUCCUACUACAGAGCCGGAGACUUCGCCUAACUCCGUGCCUCCAACGACUGUUCAGCGAUGGAAUCAUCCCAGGAGAAAUAUCGUAAAAAUCGCAGCUUGUUUUUGGUCUUUCAUAGUAAUGGGGGCCAAUGAUGCUGCUUAUGGUGCCUUGAUUCACUACAUUGAGAGUUACUAUAAUCUGUCUUACCUUGUCGUAUCCAUCAUUUUCCUAUCACCUUUGGUGGGUUAUAUAUCAUCGGCACUUUUGAAUAAUCGGGUACAUGAGUUCUGGGGACAGCGAGGUGUAGCCGCUCUUACCGCUGGAGCUCAUAUUCUUGCGUACACACUUGUCGCUAUUCACCCUCCUUACCCUGUUCUGGUUGUCGCAUUUGCGAUAGCAGGAUUCGGCAAUGGCAUUGGGGAUGCCGGGUGGAAUGCUUUCAUAGGAAGCAUGGAGAGUGCAAACCAGCUUCUAGGCUUCCUUCACGGAUUCUACGGUGCAGGAGCGGUUCUUUCACCUUUGAUUGCAACUUCUAUGGUCGCGACAGCCGGGUUGCCGUGGUAUACCUACUACUACUUGAUGAUCGGAUUCGCCGGCCUCGAAUUCCUGUCUUUGGUUUUUAGCUUUUGGUCGUCUUCUGGCGUAGCUUACAAGGCUUCUGUAAGCGAGAACGAUUCCAGCACUGGAAAUGAUGAAAAGGCAACUCUCAGCGCAGUUCUUAUAACGCGACCAUCUGCUCGAGUAACUUGGCUCUGUUCCUUGUUCCUGUUAGGUUAUGUGGGCAUUGAGGUCGCGUUGGGAGGCUGGAUCGUUGUUUUCAUGAUUCAAGUUCGCCACGGCAGUGAGGUUGCCAGCGGAAUGACGGCUACCGGCUUUUGGUUGGGAAUCACCGUUGGAAGAUUUGUCCUUGGUUUCAUCACGCCUAAAAUCGGCGAGAAAUUAGCCAUAUCUAUUUAUCUCCUCCUAAUCAUGGGACUCGAGCUAUUAUUCUGGCUUGUACCACAGCUCAUUGUGUCAGCAGUUGCGGUUGGACUGCAAGGUUUCUUUCUAGGGCCGCUAUUCCCUGCUACCAUCGUGAUUAUGUCGAGAUUGCUCCCACGCCACCUUCAUGUUGGGGCAAUAGGCUUUGCUGCGGCUUUCGGGUCAAGUGGUGCUGCAAUAUUGCCAUUCGCAGUUGGAGCAAUUGCGCAAGCGAAAGGUGUACAAGUCUUGCAGCCUAUUAUUCUAGCGCUGUUGGUGGUAAUUCUCGGUCUUUGGCUUGGACUGCCUAGGAUUGUCAAGAGGGAUUGA